UCAACCAAUCGCGUCGCUUCGUGUUGGGAGGCUGGUGGACAUUCAGUGACAUUCACUGUUCGCAUGUCAACUGCAUUAACUAUCUCAAAAUGAAUAUUAUACUGUCGUCUUUUUCCCGACUGAGGGGAAUAACUCACCUGAGCAGCAUCCCUUCAGCAACAGGCGCUUCUCACCUCCGAUCAUUCAGCAGCUGGAUGGUUCCCAGAACGGCUGCAGGACCUCAGAUUUCCAGAUUUCCAGCGCCGCUUUCUUCACAAGCUGAGGGUUCAGGAGUGUUCCAGCAGCUCCCCUGGCAGUACCAGCAAGUCCGGACCCGCAAGAGAGGCACAGAGUAUCAGCCCAAGAACAUUAAACGCAAAAGAACCCACGGCUGGAUCAAGAGGCUCAGCUCGCAGGGCGGCAUCGAAGUGAUUCUGCGGCGAAUGCUGAAGGGACGGAAAUCGCUGUCACACUGAAGGUUCCUGUUGAAAAACCUGUCACACUUUAAAAAAAGAGACAUUGGUCCUGAAAUGCUGGAGGGGGUCAGCACGCAGUGAAGAACCUGUGCAUGGUGAUACCGGGUGUGGUCCGGCUCCGGCAGCCCCACAGUAUGAAUAAUAACAAUGGGAGGAGAGGAGAAUGGAUCCUGACCUCUGACAGAGAAAACAGGAGGCCUGCUAGUUUCACCAUCCCAACAUGAAGCUUAGGUCAGAGUCAGAGAAGUCAGCACAUGUAUGAUGUGUGUGUGUGUGUGUGUAUGUGAAUUAAUUUGAUUUAAAGACAAAAUGUGUCUCGAAUAAAAAUGAUUUUGCAAAAUCA